AUGAUCAUCCCUGUGUGCCGAUUCACCUGUGGCAAGAUUGUGGGCAACAAGUGGAAGGCCUACCUUGGUCUGCUGCAGGCCAAGUACACCGAGGGGGACGCCUUGGACACCUUGGGCCUGAAGCACUACUGCUGCCUGCGCAUGCUGCUAGCACACGUGGACCUGAUUGAGAAACUGCUCAAUUACGCUCCUCUGGAGAAAUGACCGAGGGAUCUUGGC